AUGGUCAAAAUCUUCAACAUCCUCGUCCUUCCCGGCGAUGGCAUCGGCCCGGAAAUCAUGGCCGAAGCCGUCAAGGUCCUGAAGGUGUUUGAGACACCCGAACGCAAAUUUGAACUGCGCCAGGAGUUGAUCGGAGGUUGCAGUAUUGACGCUCAUGGCAAGUCUGUGACCGAAGAAGUCAAGCAGGCAGCUCUGGACUCAGAUGCAGUACUUUUCGCUGCAGUUGGAGGACCGAAAUGGGAUAAUCAACGUCGGGGUCUUGAUGGGCCUGAGGGAGGACUACUCCAGAUACGAAAAGCUAUGGAUAUCUAUGCAAACCUACGCCCAUGCUGCUCUACCUCCCCGAGUGCUUCUAUUGCCAAGGAGUUCAGCCCGUUCAAGCACGAGGUUAUCGAAGGUGUUGAUUUCGUGGUUGUUCGUGAGAACUGUGGAGGUGCCUAUUUCGGCCGCAAAGUCGAAGAAGAAACAUAUGCGAUGGAUGAAUGGGGCUACUCCGAAGCCGAGAUCCAACGCAUUACCCGUCUAUCCGCAGAAGUCGCACUGCGACACAACCCCCCCCUGGCCUUUGAUUUCACUAGACAAGGCAAAUCCGAGUACCCGCAAGUGAAAUUGGUGCACCAACUGGCGGACUCUGCGUCAUUGAUUCUAGCAACGAAUCCACGAUCCCUGAAUGGCGUUAUCCUGGCUGAUAAUACCUUCGGCGACAUGAUUUCUGACCAGGCUGGUUCUAUUGUGGGUACCCUGGGUGUGUUGCCGAGUGCUAGUCUCAACGGUCUGCCUGGCGAUAAGGCGCUGAAGACACGACCUUACGGGCUGUACGAGCCUACACAUGGAUCUGCUCCGACUAUUGCGGGACAAAAUAUUGCCAACCCGGUUGCGAUGAUUCUCUGCGUCGCGCUUAUGUUCCGAUACUCUUUGAGCAUGGAAGAUGAGGCUCAGCGUGUGGAGGAUGCGGUGCGCAAAGUCUUAGACUCAGGGAUUCGGACGCCUGACCUUGGGGGUAAGGCUGGGACUAAAGAAGUGGGCGAUGCGAUUGUGUCUGCACUAUAG